AUGAGCACAGAUACAACUAAACCAAUUGAAUAUGUGACGCUUCAGUGCAGCGACGACAAGGAAUUUAAAGUCAAUAUAGCGGUUGCAAGUCUUUCCUCUUUGAUCAAAGGUCUGAUUAAAGAUCUCGGUCUAUCAAACCAAGUUAUUCCUCUUCAUAAUAUCAAUGAACGAGUUUUAGAAAAGGUACUUGAAUGGUGUGAACAUCAUGUUAACGACUCUGAAGAAGAGAACUCUGAUCGUAUCAAUGAGUGGGAUGAGUACUUUUUUAAGCUUGAGCAAGAUCUCAUGUUCGAUGUUAUCUUGGCUGCCAAUUUUUUGGAAAUCAAACCAUUGAUCGACCUCGGCUGUAAAACAGUCGCAAACAUGAUAAGAGGCAAAUCUUGUGAGGAAAUUCGUGCGACAUUCAAUAUUAUAAACGACUUUACGCCCGAAGAAGAGGAACAAAUACGGCUGGAGAACGAAUGGGCCGAGGAUUGA